AUGUCCUUCUUUGGCCGUCGCCGCUCCCAGUCGGAUGCAGCACCUAAUGUAAACAAUGCCGACACACCCAGGCCCUCACCAUCUCAUCGAUAUAUCCACCAUUCCCAUUUGGACUUUCACCGGGAUGAACCCCAGGGCGAGGGAAUGUUCCACGGCCUCUUCCGAAGGCGGAGUGAUAGCAUGCCCUUGCCGGCAAUCACUUCCGAGGAGCAUGGCUACGGACAUUCCUCUCGUGUCGAGGCCAGCCAGUUGCCAGGGUCGCAGAAGGGCGGCGAUGCCCGUCAGCACGACACAAGUGGUGCCUCUUCCCAUGCAGGGCGCACCCCCCAGUCACCUACAAUUAGUGAUCAGGGCGAACCAAAGCAGCCCGGGAAUAUCCAAGAUUUUUUAGAGUAUCGGCUGGGCUUUGCGGACCGACCGAAAUCAGGAAAUACCGAAUCUUCGGCUCGCCCGGGCCAUCAAGUGCUAACCAAAAAUGAUAUCAAAGCCAUUCUAUCAGGCGCACCGCACUUUUUGUUGGAGAAAGGCAAGCACGGGCGUUGGUAUCCGCAGGUCGUCUUUCCCUGGGAUGAGCAUAAUCCGUCUAUCCAGCACCUGUGGGACCGAAAACCAUUGCCCCAUGCAUCAUUCACACUCUGCACACUUCAUGCACAUCUUCCAGUUCCAGACGACUGGGCAGUGAAAGGGGGAGUGCCCAUUCGGCUACAUGAUUGGCGCCGGACCGGUGGUCCCAAAAGAGCGACUUUUGACGUUGGAGUCUUCGAGGUUCCAAAUAUGUUGUCGAAUAAUGGACAGGAGCCGGGUACAGUGGGAUUCCGGCAUUUUCUCGAGCUUGCAGUCGCGGAUCUUGUUCGAUACAAUGGCCCUCCGGAGCCUAGACCGCCCCCGAGCAUGCGCCGAAUCUCCUCGCUUCCGGCGACGGAAGCAUUUGAAUUGAUGGAACACUAUAAUGAUCCUUACUCCCAGUGUCGCAGUGGUGCCGUACAUGACCGACAUCGGCUCAUCUGUGAUGGCCCUUCGGCCUGGAAACGUAUAGGAAUCCGAGACAUCAACCUCCGGUCUCUGGUCAAACGUCUAAAUCAUUUGCGGCAGUUCCGCCACGACAUGCUCCUCGAUGGAUCAACCGAGACCAUAUUGGAUAUCGAGUCCCCACAGGAGCUUCACCAUACCCUCUACACGCACUUUUUGCAUCCUCCGCCGCGAGCCAUAGAGACGAAGUCCAGUCACCCCCAGAGCCUCAAAUUUCAGAUCAAAACAUUAACGGUGGUACUGUCCACCCCCGGAGCGUGGAUUGACUUCUCUCUGCCCGAAUGGCGCUUCCGGGCCGGCCAGGUGCUCUGGGAGCCACCUCCGCAUGAGGAUGGAGAUUGCAUUGAUAUCAGAAUGUGUGCCGAGGGAUCGUCGCGGGCGUCCUGGGUGAACCCUGGCAUGGAGAGAAAAUGGCUCUUGAUACAGUUGCUCUUGGCGGCCGAGCUACUUCUGCGCCUGGACGCAUUCGUCCGAGUCGGGAUGUUGCACGAUCCGCAUGGUGUCCCGAUCACGGUGCAGGAGCUACGCAAUUUCGAUAAACUGAUGAAUGGAAAAGUGAAUUGGGAUCUGAUUGUCGUCCGCCGCUUUCUUGAUAGUCUCGACAUCACAUGUGCUUUGUCGCAAUCCGAGUCACCUUCGGACGGCUCUCGGCCACCUGAUAAGCCCCGUCGCUUUUCUCUACUCGAGACGUUCACCCGUCGUGGCUUGUCUGCCUCGCAUGCCGAUCUGCGAUCCGCCUGGGAGUGCAAUUUGAGCUCGCAACAUGUUCGGCAGCAGCUGGAAGGACUUUAUGUUUUUGCGGAGAACAUCUCAUGGCCGAGAAUCGACGCCCUCAAAGCCAUCAUGAAGUCUAAACUGGGGAGCAGCGAGAAUCCCGUACUUCCCAGGGUACGCAAUUGUGUCAGCCCGAGACCAGACAAAACCACGAAGGAUACUCCGGCGAUGUCACUGGCCAAGGAAGAAAUGUACACUCGCCAACCAUCUCGACGGCUCCUCAAGCUCCGUAACCCGCGAUCCGAAACCGGUGACCAGCAUGAGGCCGAAGAUCUGGGCUGGAUCUCUAGGAGCUGGCUCUCCGGGUUUGUGAUACCGGGGGAGGGUAUCAGCCAUCUUCUCAUGGCUACUCUCCUCGAGAAUGACCCCGAUGCGAUAAAGCAGCUGGGACCGAUGGUCAAUCUCUACGGAGGAUUUGUGUACACAGGUCGGAGCUGGUGGAGCAAGGCAUGCAUUGUCGGACGAGUCUUGUCCAGCUCGGAAGGAGCCAAGACAUGUAUGGGCUGGAUCAACAGCGAUAUAGUUCCCCACGAUGCGACUACACUAGAGCCCUUGCAGAAAGGGUGGUUUGAGGUCCCCGUGGAUGAGGUGUUGGGCAGCUCAAGCAAAGCUCGAAUCAAGCAGGGCGGCCGGCUGGCAAUGGAGUCGACGCCGCUGGGGAUGGGUGAUAUCACCGCAGAAGCGUUCACGCUCCCCAAGGAUGCGGCGAAGACGACAGCCACCGUCGAUCUGAAGGCGCUGUACUUGUCUGUGAACGGCUACCGAACCCCCAACAGCCAGAACAUCAUGGUUGCGGACGAGGCAUCCAUGUCCUUCGCGGUUUCAAGUGCCGGACUCACGUCCCCAUCUAUGAUUUCUUUGCCUCUGAAGUAUAACGUACGCUUCAUCUCCGCACACGAGUGCCGUCCACCAUUGGGAUCCCCGUGUUACCAAAAUUCUAGCUCGAGCCAUGAAAUGGACCAGUCUACGACAUCCAGAUUGUACCAGCGCGCGCGUCUACCGGGUCACCCUCUACACCGGUUCUUCCCAUGUCAAAAUGUCCCACUGGCCGCUCUUGCCAACAUGUCCGCACCGCCGGUGAUAUCACGUUCAUCAAUUCCAUCCGCCACGCGAAGAGCCGAGUCGCUCCCCAACCCGGAGGUUUGGGUCAUUGACGCACGAGGAGAUCGAACGAAGGAAACAUAUGCGCGGGCUUGGUGCGCCUCCGUCGGCUGCCAUGCUAUCAUCGGGCGAUCUGGGCGGACAUGUGUGGCGUGUUGUGUUCGAGAAGCGAGGGCCGUCGACGUCCGGGUGGUGGUGCGCGUAGGCGAUUAA